AUGCACAUCUAUAUUUCUGUCUGUUUUUCUUUUUCUCUCCUUCCUUCCUUCCUUCCUUCCUUCCUUCCUUCCUUCCUUCCUUCGUUCCUUAUUUCCUUCAGUCCUUCCUUCCUUAUUUCCUUCAUUCCUUCCUUCCUACCUUCCUUUCUUCUUCUUUCCUUCCUUCCUUAUUUCCUUUCUUUCUUUUUUUCUUUCUUUCCUCCUUAUUUCUUUCCUUCCUUCCUUUCUUUCUUACUUCCUUCCUUCCUUCCUUAUUUCCUUCAUUCCUUUCUUAUUUCCUUCCUUCCUUUCUUAUUUACUUCCUUCCUUCCUUCAUUCCUUUCUUAUUUCCUUCCUUCCUUCCUACCUUCCUUUCUUUCUUCCUUCGUUCCUUCCUUAUUUCCUUUCUUUCUUUCUUUCUUUCUUUCUUCUUUUCUUCCUUCUUUUCUUUCUUCCUUCCUUCCUUUCUUAUUUCCUUCCUUCCUUAUUUCCUUUCUUUCUUUCUUUCUUUCUUUCUUUCUUAUUUACUUCCUUCCUUAUUUCCUUUCUUUCUUUCUUUCUUUCUUUCUUAUUUCCUUCCUUCCUUUCUUUCUUCCUUCCUUCCUUCCUUCCUUAUUUCCUCCAUUCCUUCCUUCCUUCUUUCCUUCCUUCCUUCUUUCCUUCCUUCCUUCCUUCCUUCCUUCCUUCCUUCCUUCCUUCCUUCCUUCCUUCCUUAUUUCUUUACUUCCUUCCUUAUUUCCUUCUUUAAUUACUUCCUUCCUUCCUUCUUUAUUUCUUUACUUCCUUCCUUCCUUCCUUUUUCUUUCUUUCUUUUUUGCGCCCACUUCUUUCUUUCUUUACCUAACUUCGAAAUCGGAAUUUUCAUUAUUGAGGCUUAAAGUCCUAUCACCAAAAUACCAUCUGAAUUCAAAUAGCUACUUUCUUACAUAUCUAUCUAUCUAUCUAUCUAUCUAUCUAUCUAUCUAUCUAUCUAUCUAUCUAUCUAUCUCAGUUCACUUUAUCUCUUUCUCUCUCUCUCUCUCUCUCUCUCUCUCUCUCUCUAUCUAUCUAUCUAUCUAUCUAUCUAUCUAUCUAUCUAUCUAUCUUCAUUAUCAUUUGAUCAAUUUUAGGCUGCUAGACAAGUUUCUUCAUAAUCUAUCUAUCUAUCUAUCUAUCUAUCUAUCUAUCUAUCUAUCUAUCUAUCUAUCUCAGUCUGUUCGUAUCUAUCUAUCUAUCUCAGUCUGUUCGUAUCUAUCUAUCUAUCUAUCUAUCUAUCUAUCUAUCUAUCUAUCUAUCUAUCUAUGCUAUCAUUGUGUCUACAGAGAUGUACCAUUUGUCAUCUAUCUAUCUAUCUAUCUAUCUAUCUAUCUAUCUAUCUAUCUAUCUAUCUAUCUAUCUAUCUAG